UAUUGUCUGUUGUCUACCCUGCCCACCUGUUUGUGUUUCCUGUUCUCUCCACUUCUCUCAAUUCCUGUUCAUAACACGAAAUUGGAUUGUGAUCAUGGCAGAUGAUAGUGAUAUCAAUGACAGGGGUGAUGGAGAAGCUCAGAAACCUGAGAAAAUGUUUACUCUGAAGAAAUGGAAUGCUGUGGCAAUGUGGAGCUGGGAUGUGGAGUGUGAUACGUGCGCUAUUUGCCGAGUUCAAGUAAUGGCACUACACGGCCAUAGGCGUAGGUUUGAUGUUCGUGAUGGAGCUCAUCCUCCGAACCUUGCCCUUGAAGUUCUUCUCGAUGUCCUCGAGGCUCCUGCCCUGGGUUUCGGGCACGCAGAAGAUAACGAAGAACAAGCUGAUGAAGCAGACGACGCCGAACAUCCAGAAGGCGCCGUACCCACCCAGCGCUUCCUCGAGGUCGUUGAACGUCUUCGUGACGAGGAAGGUGCACGCCCAGUUGAAAGCGGUGGCGAGCGAAGCAGCGGGGCCACGAAUCUUGGCUGCAACAGGAAAAGCAUUCGUGUUGACACUUGUUCCGAAUAG